UAAUCUGAUAUCAUUUUAAAAGGCUAACUGAGAAAACAUUGAAGAAUCCUUUUGCAAUUAUGUAAGCACAUAAUGUCUGUCUAUAAUGGAGUUGACCCUUAGAACUUUUGACUGGUAGUGUACUUCUUCUACACUUUCCACCAACCAACAUGUAGGAUGAUGACAUCAGCUUGGUGUUGUGCGGAUUAAUGAAGCUGGGAACCAAUAAAGUGCUCUUGUUAGAAUGUGCGUGUACACAAUCAAAUACACUGUCAAUAUUUUGAUAGUGUGUGUGUAGUCCAGAAAGAGGGAAUGUGUGAGAAUGAGUUUGUUGUGUUUGUGUUAACAUAUACAACAAUGUAUGGGAGUAAAUGCUGCUGUCAAACCCCAAGUUUGUGUGCCUGUUAGUUAUCUUUUGCAACUUCCAAUCAGAUCAGCAAUGAUGCUGUUAAAGGUAAUAAUGUCACACCUCAGACACAUGACUAUUAUUAGAUGGAGAGAACUACAUGGAAAUGCAUACUAUGGGGGAGCAGUUUUCCCGGCGGUCGGGGGGGGGUGUACUAUGGUAAAUGCCUUGAACUAUAACCGUAAUUUGAUUGGUUGAUGCCUUGCGUUGCUGUGCGUCGGUGCCACAAAGUUGAAAAGCUAUACAGAUUUUUGUUCCGUUCCUUAUAAUUUUCUAUCGAUGCACUAUUUUACUCAAAACAGUAGAGGACACUGCAGUACUGAGAACUCCUAAAAACCUACCUGCUACAGGGAUUCACAUUGUCAGAGCAUUUCAGUUUCCUGCCAGGUCCGUGCAGGGCACCCAUAAUGCACUCAUCGGUUUGUGUAAGUCUAAAAUGACCAGGACCUCAAAUAAAAUCAUAUGGAAAGGAAUCAGUAUUGAGACAACAGCAUGUUGUUGUUUUUAGCAAAUUGAUAUUGUUAUAAUUACUCAAACAUGAAUCUUGGUCAGUUUAUUGGGUGCAAGUGAACAUCAAUGAGUUGGCUGCAAGUAGAGCAAUAAAUAGGCCAUUCAUGCACUGGGAAGCUUUAGUUACCAACUAAAUAUGAGUAAGACAAAUAGUCUAAAUAGUAGCUGAUGAUCCCAACAUGUCUAUGUAAUUUAGCAAACGCUUUUGUCCAAAGGGACAUACAAAUAUAACAAUAUAAUAGUAAAAAUAAACAAUAACAGUUAUAAAAAAAAAAAAAAAAGUUGGUAGGACUACAUUAUGGAUAGUAAUGAUAACAAUAAUGUCCAUACAAUAUCAACGAUCAGUAAUGAAAAAUAAACUUAAUACCAUAACAUCUUAGAAACAUUACAGUUUCGUCAAGUAACUUCUUUUGUUUUUAAAAGUUUUUGUUAUGGACAUAAAUAAAAGAGUGUUGAGUACACCACUGUAAUUAGCUAUGAUGUGCAGUUAGUAAACAGUUACUGGAUAGGGAUUAAAUAUGGCCAAUGCAAUGCACAUUGUUAGCCUGGGUUUUCCCAUGCUGCUUUACGCGCGCAAUUUAAUUCACGCUGCUGAUAGCACAUUGUGUCAAAUAUGAGCAAGUACAGCUAUGGGUCCAUAUGUGGUAUUUUUUGUUAUGACCUCAGUCUUUUUGUAAUGGGUUAUCUUUUUAGAAGGAUGAUAUGCUGUGUCACAGCACUCAAAUCAUCUGAAGCUAACUCUGUGUGUGUGUGUGUGUGGUCUUGCUUCCCUUUGCCGACUUACUGUGCCCAUUGUACCAAUAUUAAUUUUGUAUUUGCUACGAAGCUUUAGCUCAAGGAAAUGAAAGUGCUCCACCCUGCUUAGAUGGUAUUGUUUAUGGGGCCACAACUCUGACACACUAACUUUGGUUUUGUCCUGCGCCAUGUGCUCCCACCUAUAUGGUGUCUGUUUACAAACAUGUCAGUCAACGAGUUAGAGAAAAGCCAAAACUGUAGAUUCUAUAGAGGUGGGGUGAGAGGAAUGAGCAGAGUUAAAAUCCACAGGACCUUUGGGAUGCAGUUGAAUCCUUAGGCGGCACCAACCAAAAUCCCAAAGGAAUGUCUUAAACAACCUGCUCCAUGCUGUGAAAAAGCUCUGUUUUAGAGGGAACAAAGUAGACCUGAUCAAGUCUCAUUUGAGGCAUAUAAUAACUAUACUGUACGAGUUCAACACAAUCUCAACAGUAAAAAACAAAGAUGCCGGUCUUUUUUUUUAAUUACGGUACAAACUUGAAUACAUACUUCAUCUACAUCUGCUAGUAUUGCUGGUGAAGUGAGCGCUCACAUCCUCAGACUUGUGUGUGUGUGUGUGGGUGUGUGUCCGUGUCCUCGAAUUGGAAGCAGUCUAAAUUGCUUAAACACAGAACACACAAAGAAAACACACUCUUCCAUACACAGCUGCAGUCAGUAACACACAGAGAAAGUAAAGAGGUUGGGGAAAUAGAGGUCAGUCCAUUCAGAAGCAGUCCACUUGUAUUUGUGUUGCUGUGUUUUAAGGGGAAUUCCUGACAAUCCUCCUCUAUUGACUGCUUUUUACAGCCUAAACAAUGUUUAUAACACCCAGAUAAAAUUCUGUCAUGAAUUCUUUCUUCUGCCAUGCAUUCUCUCUUACAUGCCUAUUCUAAAAGGGAUAACAGUAUUGAAAUGCGAUGUCAACGGACAGUAAUUCAUGUGCAUUAAAACAUUACAUAUAUGCCUAGUGCAUGUGGUCAGUCAAACGUGUGUGUGUGAGUGAGACUGCUGGUGUGAUGGGGGUGGGUGCACCAAUGCCUGUCAGAAAGGUAAGGGCCAUGGAAUCUGAGCCAACAGAGGGAGAGAGAGGUGAGAGGGAGAGAGAGAGGGGGGUAUUAAAUAGAGACAGACAGGAGGAAGGGACGAGAGGACUGACAAGAGAGAUCGAGUGCUGACUGUGAAGGAGAAAACAGGAAAACUGGUCUGAAGCAGAAGGAAAGAAAGAGAAAGAAAGUCAGAACAGAAAAUACACUUCUUUCAUACGGCAGAAAGAGGAGGACGCGUUGAGAAAGGGAACAGGUGCUGACGAGAGAUACGGCAUGGUGUCCACUGGAGUAUCGGCGGCUUCCCUGCUCGGCGUGGCUCGUGUGUGUGCGUGUGUGGUGCUGUGGAUAUGGCUGAGUGUGUGUGCGUGUGGCGUGUGUGUGUUGUGUCAGAGGGACACCCUUAUAGCGGCUCCAACACAGAGAUGUGAGGGGGCCUGCCGGGCCAGCCCGCCGAGGACUGAAAGACCCAAACCCACGGAGGUGAGUGUAUGUGUGUGCAAAGAUAUUUUCUUGUUUAAGGUGCUGCUACAAAAUUAACAUGUAUUUAGAAAGCUUUAUAGCCUGGUUGUGUGAGAAAGAGGUGCAUCGUUUAUGUAUAUUUUUGAUUGCUUAUUAGACAUUUGAAUGUGUUUUAAAGAGAGCACUACUUUUGAUGUAGAGAAAGUAUCAUAGUUGUUCAUUGAAGUAAAAUUGAGUGCUGUAUAGUGUUAUUAGUUAUUAGUGCCUAAUAAAUAUGAUUAUUGUUUUCUUUCAGGAGAUACCAGUUUAGGGUAGGUUUUCUUAUUUAAUUGCAGCUAAAACAUAUCCUCUAUAAUAGCAAAUUAUAGGAUUACAUAAUAAUCUAUCACAACAAAAGAGGAAGCUUGCAAGUAUGCUCUCAAAGAGAUUUUGCCAUUUAUUUUGUCUGAUACAAAGAAUUGUCUAUUUUAGUAUUGAAAACCAUAAAUGGUACACAUGAAGUCUGAGACAAAUCAGCAGUACUAUUAGAUGUGUUAACCUGCAAUGUGUUGUGAUGGCCUUCUGAAGUUCUUACCAAAGUGUAUCUGCUGGUGUGUGUGUGUGUGCGUGCAUGUGUUUGUGUGUGUAGGUUGUUGAAGUGACAGACCGGCUCGUUCAGCUUCAGCGAUGCAUGCGCUCCUUGAGUAGCCCUGGGUCUACCGCACAACUGAGAGGUCAAGGGUCAGAAUCAGAAUCUCUGUCGGCCAUUUUGGCUCUGAUGGCAUCUGUCUUGCUUGAGUGUGACCUCCACUGCCAUAGCAACCGGCUCCAAGAGGUGGCACAGAAAUUAGAGGGAGCUGCUGCAGGGAGAGAGGGGGAGAGAGAUCUCUUACUGCUGCUCAAGAGUAUCACACACACCACCCAACCUCCAACAAUGCCUCCAUCCUCUGGACUUCACCCCCAAGACUGCGCUGAAAUUUACCGUUGGGGAAUCAAAGACAAUGGGAUUUACACAAUCCAGCCUGACCCUCAGCUACCAGCUCAAGAGGCCAUGUGUGACAUGGAGACUGACGGUGGAGGGUGGACGGUGUUCCAGCGCCGACUGGACGGCUCAGAGUUGUUUAACCGCAGCUGGGCGGAGUACCGUCAGGGCUUCGGCCGGCCGCAGGGGGAGUACUGGUUGGGCAACGCCGCGCUGCACACCCUCACAGCCAACGGCCGACACUCACUCCGCAUCCAUCUGCAGGACUGGCACAAACACACACGCCACGCCACCUACAGCACCUUCAAAGUGGCAUCAGAGGCACAGAGGUUCCGGCUGACAGUAAAAGGCUACAGUGGGGACGCCGGAAAUGCCCUGAGCUACAAUAAGCGCUACAACCAUGACGGCCGAGCCUUCAGCACCUACGACCGCGACCACGACCGCUACACUGCCGGAAACUGUGCCCGUUACUACGGCGCCGGCUGGUGGUUCGAUGCAUGCCUGGCCGCCAACCUGAACGGGCGCUAUUACCAUGGACGCUACAGCGGCCUCACAGAUGGCAUCUACUGGGGCUCCUGGUACAUCCUCACCGAUGCACGCUCUGGGGAGAGAUACUCUUUCAAGACUGUGCAGAUGAUGACUAGACGCAGACUGGCAUAGUACAGAAGCGUAGCUGCAAGUUAUUAUAUCGUAUGCAAAGGAUUCUUUUAAGUCUGUCACGGCAGAGCCUGACAAACUUUGUUGUUGCAAAAAAAUGAAUAUUCCAUAUUUGAAAAAUGCUGAAUGUGCCAUUUGUUUUUAUACAUUUUUAUACACACAUUGUAUGUGUUAUUUAUGAAUACAUGGACUCACUUUCAGAUGUGACUGAGUAAGUUGUAUAUAUUGUUAUAUAUUAAAUACAUUUUUAUCGAUGUAUCAAAA